AUGUCAAGUGCUCUAUCUCUAGCAGGUUAAAAAUGGAAAGAGUUUUGGGGAAUAUCCAAAACAUAAAACAUACAAUUAGAAGAUAAGAAAAAGUAAAUAAAUGAAGCAGAUUAAUAUAUCAGAUUAGCAGGAAGAGCUAUCUAAGGAAUUGUAUUUUAACAUUAAUGUACAAUUAUAUCAAAUUAAAUAAAGAAAUGCAAUUGUUAUAUGGAUUGUUAAGUUAAGUCCUAAAAAAACUUGAUGAAUUAGAAAAGUCAUAAGAAGGUUUGUUAUUAGCAAAAACAUUUGAUUCUUUAUCUUCUUUACAUUCAUCAAAAAUUGAGAGUAUUCACAAAGCAAAUGAUAGUUUUUAAGAAUGGUUUGAUACUAUUGAAUAACUAAGAUAGAUGCUUGAUAAGUAUUAAGAGAAUAGGUUAGUUUAUGAUCACUAUAGAUUAAAAGUAGAUUAACUGAAAAAUUCUAAAGAUUAAUAAACAAAAGUAUUAUUUAAUUAUGUGUAAUAAUUUUCUCAUUUUUAAUAAAAAAAUGAUUGA